UCAGACAUUAUCCUCCUGGUUAUGUAAAUUUCAUAGAGAGCUUCCUCUUUAAGGCAGUCAAACACUCUCCCUACCGCUGCAUACUAGGGAGCGCAUUAUGGUCAAAUCUCUCAAAGCAUCAGGAAGGAAAAAUGAUAGCUUUGCUUCAGCUUGUUUUCUUUUCAGCAGCUUUAGGAGGUAAAUUCCUCAUACCAGUUAUCGAAGGGUGGUUCAUUCUGGGUGUUGUUAACAUGCAGCAGACUUCUUAAAAUGCCUUUCUUUCUAGGUGUCCAGUUGAGGUCCAGCUGGUGGAGUCUGGAGGAGAUGUGAAAAAGCCUGGAGACUCCCUUCGCCUCUCCUGUUGAGCCUCUGGGUUUAACUUUGGGGGCUAUGGCAUGCACUGGGUGAGACAACUACCGGGGAAGGGCCUGGUAUGGGUGGCCUCCAUAUACUACAAUUCAGCUACAAUUCACUACUUGGAUAAAGUGAAGGGAAGAUUCAUCAUCUCCAGGGACAAUUCCAACAGCCUCCUCUAUGUGCAAAUGAACAGCCUUAAACCCGAAGACGCGGCUGUGUAUUACUGUGCAAGAGGCACAGUGAGAGGAAGUGAACCUGAAGCCAGACAAAAACCCUCCUUUAAUCAAAACAGAGGAGUUGCAUUCCCUCCAACAUUUCAAAUGAAAAUAGGGACAUUCUAUUAGCUGCCAGAGACCAAAGAAACCUGUUAAAAUAAUUUAGACUGAUAGUCUGCCCAUUCAAACGGAGACAGCCAGCUAGUCAUGCAGCUUUACACCUAGGGCUCUUCCCAGGCAAACUAUAAUCAUUUAUUAGUGUUAUUAUUAUGAAUUUAUCAGUUCCGUAAUCUUGCCCAGGGCAAUCCAAUGAGACUUACAACCAAAGAAACAAUAAACCCCACAUAGGUAUGUUAAAACCAAGAGGAAAGAAGAAUACAUUAAAAACAACUCACCCACUUCUAAGAGACCACAAAUAGUUAAAGGCCAAAGGCCUGGUUAUAGAGGAAAGGUUUUGCCUGGUGCCUACAGAUGUAUAAUGAUGGUUCCAGGCAAUCCUCACUGGGGAGAGCAUUCCACAAACAGGGAUACAUUUCAGAAAUGGCUCCUUCUCAUUUUGCCAGCCUCCAGACCUCUUGUGGAGGAGGACCAUAAAAAACGGCCUCAAAUUAUGAUCUCAGGUUCCGGAUCAGAUCUACAAAUAUAUAUUUUUAAAAUGUGAUUCAGUUCUCUUUUUCAUUUACUUCAAGGGCCAUCAAACAUUCUAUAAUGGGCACUACACACACACACACACACACACCACAACCAGCUACAUGCCACAACUUGUUCUAUUGGCUACACUAAAGAGCAUCUUUGAAACCAAAUUUCCAUUGGGGAGAGAGGAUACUGUCAGAAAUGAAUUCACCCUCUUAGGUGGGCGUCAUUGUUGGCUGGCAUUCCCUUGCAUGCCAGGAUCUGACUUGGGAUUCCCAGGCAUCAAAGGAAGGCUCUUGGCCAAACUUGUUGCUUCAGUAAUUUGCCUUGUCCACUUGCCUAAUCAGUGAAUCGGGAGCAAACAUGGGCAACCAAGUUAAAGCUCGUUCCUCCAGUAUGUAAUACAGGCCCAUGGCUUGUUCUGCAGCCACUUUUCAUUGGAUUCCCACCCACCCACAUUACAUAUUGCUAUUUCAUAUUGUUCUGCUCCACCUUGCUAUAGCAUAGAUGAUCACCGUAUUGGGGACCAGGUUGAAAUUUUCCCACUCAGCCCUCUGCUUUUUGCCAUCCUCAUUGCCAAGGUCACAUCUUUAACAGUUUACGCAUUGGAUAGGCAAAGUCGUGUUCUGAGGGGAGGUUGUAGCCUUUGCCUUCAAAAUGGAGUAUCCCAUUAAAGGGAUUGUGGGGAGAUACUUCUGUUGGGAUGCCCAGGCAGGGGUGAGGGGCCAUAGUACUCACCAGGUGCAAUCCAAUGGAGGAGAUACCCCUUUAUUGCCAGAAAGGGGAGGGGUUUACCCAAUAUCUAUGCCAAACAUUUGUUGUCAAUAAAGUUGUGGCCUGAUUUCACCCAAGUAUUGGUUGUUGUGUAUCUUAUUCUUGGUAUUGUGGAGGACCAAAGAAUAGGGAGGAUGCCUUGACAAACAAAUAGUGAAUGUUACUGAACAUGCAAAUAUACGCACACAUGAGCUCCAUGUUAGUGACACCCCCCCCCCAUGUAAACACAGCUUUUAUAUUUCUCAUUUAUAUAUUACAAAUACAGGAUUCCCUGUGCUUUGAGGAGAGCAAGAACAAGGAGCUAUGAGAAUGUUAUGUCAUGUGCUCUAUUAUUCAACAUAAAGAUGGGAUACCUAUACAUAUGCUAUUCAUAUAUAUAUUUAUUUAAAGCCUUUAAGAGAGAGCAUUCCACAGACAUUUCAUUUCUUUGCUGAGCUGUGAUAUGAAGUGUUACUUCAUAUUUAAUCUAAAUUUUCUUCUGCUUCAUUUGACCAUAUCCUUCCAGCCCAAUUCCUCUCCAUAUUUAUGGUAAGAAAUUGUUCCCCACCUUCAACGGUAGAAAUACUGGGCAUGCUGAAAGUGAUGGAAUUUCUGAAAACUUGUGUUGCUUCCCCCCCCCCCCCAGAGUUAUACAUCAAAGCAUCACUGUAAAGACCUGUACAAACUGUGCAGCAGCAAAGAAGGAGAUUUCUGACAAUGUGCAGACAUGACUCUAGUCCCUCACUGCCCAGAGUCUCUGUUGGUGCUUUUAUACCGAUGGGUAUGUAAAUCUUCAGAGAGAGCUUCCUCUUUAAAGCAGUCAGAUAACCUCCCUUCCCAUGCACAUGUGGGACCGAUUCUUGCUUAACUCUCUCAAAGAAUCAGACGAGGAAAAUGAUAGUUUUCCUUCAACUGGUUUUCUUUUCAGCAGCUUUUGAAGGUAAGUUCAUUCUUCCAGUUAAAGAAAGCUGGUACAUUCUAGGUGUUCAUAACAUGGAUCUGGUCUCUCAAUAUGCCUUUCUUUCUAGGUGUCCAAUCGGAGGUCCAGCUGGUUGAGUCUGGGGGAGAUGUGAAAAGGCCUGGGGAGUCCCUCCACCUGUCCUGCCAAGCCUCCGGGUUCACCUUCAUCAACUACUACAUGGCGUGGGUGAGGCAGGCUCCUGGAAAGGGCCUGGAAUGGGUAGCCUACAUAUAUCCUCAAUCUGAUUACAUUUCCUACUUGGAUAAAGUGAAGGGACGAUUCACCAUCUCCAGGGACAAUUCCAACAGCCUCCUCUAUCUGCAAAUGAACAGCCUUAAAUUGGAAGACACGGCUGUGUACUACUGUGCAAGAGACACA